AUAUUUGUAUUUGUAAAGCAAACACAAAUUGUGAAUACUUUAUAUUAUAUCCUAUUGAAUGGCCUAUGACAUGAUAUCACCACAUAUUUUAAUGUGUAUUUAAUCGUAUCAACGCCAGCUGCCGAUUGACGAUACUAAUAAAUAUCAGCCUUUUUAUCAUGGAAGACUUUUCAGAUUCACAAAAAUGGCAACAACAUUUAGCUCUACUUAGAGAACAAUAUGUAAAUCUUUAUAAUAAUUAUACAGAAUUACAACAAAAAUAUGCAUUAGCAACUGCAUCAAAAGAAAAUCAUGGCUUUAUGGGAAGACUUUUAUCUCAAAUAUCUAUGUUAUACGAAGAGAAUCGUUACAGUGACGUAACGGUUGUAUUGCGAGAUAAAAGUAUUCCUGUUCAUAAAUUUGUUCUUGCAGCUCGAAGUGAUUCUUGGGAGUCGUUACCAGAAAAAGCUGUUUUAGAUUGGAAAAAUAUAGAGGGCAAUUUAGGUUCAAUAUUGUUAAAGUGGAUUUAUACAGAUGUAGUUAAUCAGGAUCAACUAACGCUGGAACUGAUGAAAGCCGCUUCUGGAUUUGGACUAAUUGAAUUAGUAGAUAGAUGUGAAAAGUAUUUAAUAGCAAAUAUCAAAUUACAAGAUUGUGUACGAUUAUAUACAGUUGCUGAAGAGCUGGGGACAACAAAACUACGCGAUCAUUGUAGUUCAUUGAUUUCGUGUCAUUGGGACGAUUUAAGUGGUGAAGAUUUUAAAGAAAUGCCUGGACCAUUAUUAUAUCAAUUAUUGAAAACUAAAAGUGAAUAUCCAUUGCAUUCUGCUGUUCGAUUACAGCGUGAAGAUGUUGUUUUUUUAUAUUUGAUUGAACAUAAUGCCAAGUUGCCGGAAGUAGUGAACAUGCUGGACCAGCGGGGCGAGACGGCGCUAGAGGUUGCAUUGAAGUCACGUCAACCGUCACUAGCUCACACCCUUGUUGAGCACCAUGCCAAUCUAAGUGCCAAGGACGCGCGUGGAUUGAGCCUUCUGCACUCGGCCAUCCUUAAAGCAGACUCUUAUGCUGCGGAGUUCAUUGUCGAGCAACUAGAAAGCAACGGCUUAGCGAGGAAGAAGGACCUUGACGAACCGAGCUCCAUUGAUGGUAAAACGGCUUUGCAUUUACUCACAGCACACACCAGCCAGGAUAUGCUUACGAUCGCAGAGAGGCUGUUGAAAGCUGGUGUCGAUACCAAUGCUCAGAGCCACGAUGGUUGGACUCCGCUACACUACUGCGUGUCGGAGCGUAAUGAGACGCUGCUAAAUCUGUUAUUGAAGACCGAUGGUGUGGUGCUUGACCUACGCACAAAAAAUGGUGACACAGCUUUAUGUAUGGCCCUGCUUUGUGAACCGAGUUUCGAGUCCGGAGCAGCGAGUUUGCUAGCUCAUGGCGCCAGUCCGAAUCCCCGUUAUCCUGGCGACGAAGCUGACACGCUACUGCACCGGUUAGCGCGCGAGGGUCGCGAAAAUGCUGCCCUAUUCCUGCUUGAGCCCAGCUAUGAAAUUAUCAAGCUCCAAGAACCGAAAUCAGGGAAAAAGUGGCGUACGGAAUCGGAAAGCUUAGAGGCACGGAAUCGAGACGGUUGCACAGUGUUGCACGAAGCAGCGCGUGCCGGCCUUGCUCGCCUUGCUCAGCGACUACUUGUGCGUUCUCCUUGCCUCUUAGGUGGACGUAGUCUCGACGGCAAUACAGCUCUACAUAUGGCCGUCAGUCAUAGUCGAUUAGAGGUAGUGCAUGCUCUUCUCGAAGCAGUUCCCACUGCGGAAGAACGUCGCGAGUUCCUUACCGCGAAAAACCGAGCCGCUGAAAGUCCCCUGAACCUUGCACUUGCUGUGGCUCGAAGCGAACGUGAAAUACCGGCGGCCCUCGUCAAAGCCGGUGCUGAUCUUGAACAGAGAAACGAAGCAGGGCACACGGCGCUUCAUCAAGCAAUUCUCAAGGAAGAUUCAGCGAGCGCGAUCUUUCUUCUUGAACAUGGAGCAGAUAUGAAUGCUAGGACACUGUCGGGUGAUUCGGCGCUACAGCUAAGUGUACACUGUCAUCUCGGGGAUGUCGUAGAGGCUUUGUGCCGUCGGGGUGUUGAUACAACGGUAGGCUACCCACUUUGGGAUGCCCUUGAGUCCGAACAAGAAGACGUGGCGUCGAGUCUUGUAGCCCAUGGUGCGGACCCUGACUGCUGGACGGUGGGGCCCGACGGCUGCCAGCAGACUCUUCUGCAUAAGGCCAUAGACGAGAAUCGGGAGGACAUAGCGAAGUUUCUUGUGCGUAGUGGAUGCGAUCUCAAUUCACCAAGAAGGUUUGGACCAAAUGGUACUGGUGGCGAUGAAGCCAGAGACGAGUGCACGCCUUUGCACCUGUGUUGUCAGUGGGGCCUCGAACAGGUAGUGCAAACGUUGAUUGAACACGGAGCUAAUAUUAACGUGAGAGAUGCAGAAGGCAAGACACCUGUACAUAUCGCCAUACAAAAUCAACAUGCGCAAAUAAUAUCGUUGUUACUUUGCCAUCCGAAUAUCAAUUUAUCACUAAGGGACAAAAAAGGCCAGAGUCCUUUCGCAACAGCUCUGGUUAUGAGAAACAACAAGGCCGCUCAAGCCAUUUUGGAUCGGUUACCCUCAGCCGCAGAACAGUUUGAUAAUAAGGGUCGGAACUUUUUGCACACUGCCAUACAGAAGAACGAUAUGGAGAGUAUAUUGUUUUUGCUGUCGAUACAGGUUGACGUGAAUUCGAGGGUGCAAGACGUGACACAAACGCCACCAUUACAUUUGGCUGCGAUGUCUGGUAAUGAAUUACUAGUGCGUAGCUUAAUACUAGCCGAAGCUCGAGUCAAUGACACCGACGCCCAUAGGAAUACAGCACUACACUCGGCAGCGAAGGCAGGGCAUGCCUUCGUUGUAUCUGCUCUCCUCCAGAACUCUAUAAAUUUCGAUGCGGUGAACGCGGAUGGCGAUAACGCACUACAUGUAGCAGUUAGAGAGGGACACGUGACAGUAGUCCGAACAUUGUUGACCGAAUGCACAUUAGAUGCCGAAGCAGUGAACCUAAAGGGACGCAAUCCAUUGCAUGAGCUCGCGAGGUACGGCCGUGAUAACGCCGCCACUAUUUGUGAGCUCUUUUUCGAUUGCAUGUCGCAAUAUCCGCUCAAUAUAGCAGAUCUCGAUGGCAAUACUCCUCUUCUAAUUGCUUAUAUGAAAGGUAACGGCAACUUGUGUCGAACUUUUGUCAAAUCUGGUGCCUGUUUAGGAUCAAUGAACAAAGAUGGGAUAACAAUUUUCAAUUAUCAAGUUGCAACAAAACAAUUACUUUAUAGAUUAUUAGAAUCAUUAACGCAAGAAGCUCCUUGGGCGGACAAAGAUCUUUGUUUAGAAUGCGGUACCAAAUUUUCACUAACGAUACGAAAACAUCAUUGCCGACAUUGUGGAAGAGUUUUGUGCAGUAAAUGUUCCGGACAAGAUGUUCCAAUACUUAAAUUUGGACUGAACAAACCAGUACGAGUCUGCGCUGUCUGUUUUGACGUACUUCAAAUUGGUGCUGAGUAAUAUAACAUUCAGUGCAAUACAUUUUCUCAUUCCAAAGCAAUUUGCUCUGUUCAUUAUUAAAUAAAUAAUUUACUAAUAAUUAUGCACUUGAAAAUAAUGCCGUAUAAAUA